AACGAUUUCUCAAUCAUUAUAUUACUCAGCACCAUUUUAGGAUAACAAAAUAUAACGAUGCGCGAGAAUUUUGUGUUGUGCGGAAAUAGUUUUAGUUGUUUACGUACGAUGGCAGCAUUAGUAUAUUUUGAAGAGUCAAAACAUCGCAGUUAGCUGGCAGCAGCAAUCCGAUUUAUUCUCCAAAUCAUACUGUCAAUCAGCUGUUUAUUAACGUUGUUAUCCAAAUAAGACAGAAUAUCUUAUUCUAAAAUGUCAAAAAAUCCGUCAGACUUUUUAUAGAUCUGUGAAUAAUUAAUUAACUCCAACAAAUUGUUCAAUAACAUCUCAUGUUUUCUAUACAAACUGUGCCAGUGUGUUUAGUGAAAAGUGCCUGAAACGUGACAAUAUAUUUUUUACAGGUUAACUCAAGUUUUUUGAGUUUCCGAAAAGCUCACGCUUCUUGCUUCAUCUUUUUUAAGAGGAACUACGAGAUCUAUUGUUAUGGCUGACUACUGGAAGUCCCAGGGCCGAAAGUUUUGUGACUUUUGCAAGUGUUGGAUCGCCGACAACAAGCCAAGCAUCGAGUUCCACGAGGGUGGCAAGAAACACAAGGAAAAUGUCGGCAAAAGGCUCAAGGAGAUCCACAAGAACAGCGCUAAACAGGCCAAGCAAACUCGUAAAUUUGAGGAUGAUCUCAAAAAGAUGGAAAGCGCUGCAAUGGCCGCUUAUCUCAAAGACGUUGAGAGCAAUAACGUCGAUCUCACGGCGGAAAAAAUAAUGCGCGAAAAAUUAAACACUUCCGAGAAAACAGAGUCACCAGAGAAUCCCAAUCGAAUGCCUUCAGCUUCACCGGAUACCGUACCGAGGUUCAAUAAAAACCGAAAUUAUCGUGACAAUCCCUCGGAUGUAGAUUAUUGUGAUCCUUACGCCCAGGCGAAACGAAAUCAUCAAGAGGCCAAGCUGGCGUCUCAAGGUGUUCUUACAGCGUGCAGCGCUAGCGAAAACAAGACUCAGAGCAAGAGCAAUAAAGCGUCCCGUGAUAAGCGAAAAGGAAAGCGGCCACAAGAGGACCAACCUGCCAACAGAACACUCUUGCAAAAAUUGUGGUACGAAGCUCGGACUUCCGAAGGAUACACGUAUUACUGGCACAUAGAAACCAACGAAUCCGUUUGGGAAGUGCCAGCCGAAGGUUUCAUGUCGAUUGCUGAACAAGAGGAGGAAGCCAAAGAACAGGCGAUACAGCAGCAAUUUUUGGAGCAAAUUGAUAAAGAAAGCUCUGAGGAAAAAGCUCAACUGAUGGAAGAACGAAGAGCGAAUGCCGAACGCGAGCGACUCAGGGAAAUAAGAAAACGAAGAAAUGAGGCGAGAAAAAAAGAUGAGCUGGGAGAAGUCAAAAAAGAGAUAAAAGAAGAAAUCCCUGAUGAAACUAUGGGAGAUGACUUCGACUCGGAAUAUGAGGAAAAGAUUCCUUACAGAAGAGAUUACAGCGUUCCGGAAAAACCGGAUCCAUAUGGACCUUGGCAGACGGUUCAAGUGAUAAACCAGAAACCCGUCGUCGAUCUUCAAUUACCCAAGAAAAAGGCCCCGUUGGUAGUUCCGCUUCUGCACAACCCAGAUUCGGCACCUUCAAAAAGAAUUUUUACAGAAAAAGUCGUCACACAAUUGUCGGAUGGUGAUAGUGACAGUGAAAAAGUACCGACGACCUUCAAAAAACGGAAAUUUGGCAUGAAGAAUGUUCGCAAAAGAAUGACCGACGAUUGAUUCAUUUAAUUAACUCAAAUGUCAUUUUUUUUCAUUGUAAACUUGUCAAUUUUUUUUUGUAUUAAAUUUUAAUAUACGAGAGUACCUAUCAAGGGCGUGAGUCUUGUGCGACGAUAACUGUCAACCGAAUAAUAAACACGUUCCAGCAGUA